AUGCUUUACCAGACUGCUAUGACGGAAUCCGCAUCAAUACGCAAUUUGUCUUUCACUGCAGUCCUGUUCGCUGGAAUACUCGUCGACUCGACAGUACUAGAGUUCAUGGCAGGCCAGAACUCCUGCCCAUGGCUCCAGCCAACCGAGCCGCUGGAGGGAGGCGAAGGGUCAGACAGUGACAUGUCUUUUGCAACCUCAGCAGCCAGUUCAGAUAUCCUUACAGCACAAGAUUCUAUUACCUCUUCAUUCAACCUCAAAUUUGAAUCAGGUUCCUCAACGCCUAUACCGCCAUUUUCAACACAGGAUACACGGUUACAUUCACUCAGCUUCACAGAAGCAGUAUAUCUUACCCAAUUAGUGGGUGAUGGGAAAGAAACUGCCAGUAGCUUUGAUGCCGAAACGCAACCACAAUACUGCUCUCUUGAUAUGCUUUCGAAUAAGACGCUUCGAUCGUGGCAGGGGAUUGUUGAUGGAGCUAAGGAUUCCACGUCUAUUCAUGCAUCAGAGACCUGUAGGUAUUACGGAAUGGAUUCAACGGGAAGUCUAUCAUGUGGAAACAAGUUUGAACCUUCUUCCGCUUUGCUGUUAACAUACGGCAAGGACAACCAUUGCGAAUCACCGCAGGCAAUCAAAAGAGGUCUGUCGCCCUCGAGAGCACAAGCACUAACUCUGGGGCCGACUGAAACGUGCAUGGGCGACGAAGAUGGGAGUCCUUGCCCCUCAAUGAUUGACAGUGACGAUUCCAGUGUGGAGGAUAUUGAAGUAAGAAAGGCUUUUGCUUGCCCUUAUUUCCGCCGCGAUCCGGUUCGCCACAUCGAAUGCUUGAGCCGCAAGCUCUACCGCAUACAAGACGUCAAGCAGCAUCUAUAUCGGCGCCAUUACAUGACGCGAGACAAGUCUCCAGACGCUUCGGAUAACUCAAGAGGUGUGAAUACAAGAACACAGAGCAUUUUGAAACUUCGCUUAGAUAGAAGACUAUCGCCAGAGAGGCAAUGGCACAAGAUCUGGGAGACUCUUUUUAAUCUGAAAUUGCCAAGAGAAGGGCCUUAUCUCGGUGACUCUAAGGAAGAGAUUGUUGGAAGUAUGAUUGCCGUAUGUAAGCAGGGAAGCAGUCGAGUUGUCCCGGGGAUAUUGAGAAGCCUAGGCCUUUCCAAAGAGAAAAGGAAAUCUGUUCAACAGUUGAUGGAACAGCUUCUUAGCGGCUUUCAAGCAUUAUCAGAUGAGCGAUCAAACGCCAUGGAGAUGGAGGAGACGGAGGAGACAGAGAAAGCUUCGAUAUGCGGUGGCGUUGAUUCGAUACCGCAGACACCCAAGGAUAUGGAGUUUGAGUUUGACUUUAACAUACCAUUGGAUCGAUCACCCUCGCCAGAGAUGCUGAAUUCUUACCCUAGCAAAGACAGGACGCAGAUACAGGAAUCCAGCUCGGUGACACCGACCGAGUUGCCAGACUAUACAACUCUCAAGACAAACAAGGAGGACAUCUUAGUGGGAUAUCAGUCUACAAAACACGUCAACGAAAACAUCCAGGUGAAGAAUUCUUGGCCACCAAAUACUGCAGUUUGCACACCCAAGACAUUUGAAAGCUCGGAGAUGGCUUGUGCUACGAGUAACAUCGAGUCAGCCGGGAAGUCAUUGACUUGUUUGACUCAUGUCCUCGAGGAUAUGGAGGAAUCCGAUCCAUAUGAGUAUGUCGAUGCAUGGGAAUGCCAUUACUGCGGAUUUGAAUAUAUCUUCAGACCUAGAGGAGGGAGCAGCGACAGGUUGUGCUUUAACUACCCAUGCUUAGGGCGGCUUCCCAGCUACUACGAUUCAGUUUACAAGGCACGGGUCAUCAGAGGAGGUUGA